GCACGGCGCACCUUGUGCAACACCAAACACUGAUCUACUGUAAUGCUGUGUGUUUCAGUUAAGUAUAACAUUUAUCAAGCUUUCAUUGAUAAACUUACCUGUUAGAUUAGUUUCAUAUAUUCACAUGGCUCCAGGAGGUGACUGAUGGAUAAAAUAUUUUGAUUUUGUGACUGAUUUGCGUUCAUUUGGUUUUGGCUAGCGAGCAGGUCAUGAGCAAUUUGUCAUGCUGCUAUUACCUCAAUUUCAGGUCAAUUGUGUUAGUUUUCCAUGUUAUUUGAGAUGCAUUUGAACAAAUGCACCGAAUGUUUUAUACACUUUCAGUUAAAUUAUCAUGCAGUGCCAGCAUUUAGUUGUCCACACUUGUCCAAAACUGUAAAGUAAAUACUACAUUGCACGUUUUUAGCUCCAGCUGUAAACUGAGUUCGCUUGAGAUUAUACUUAAGAGAUAUAUACUUAUAAUAUUACUUAAGAAAACGCAUCAGGAUGUACAAGCAGUGGUCUGAAGAUAUAAAUGCAGAUGCUGAGCUGAUGUGGAAACAGUCUGAAUCCAGCCUGCAGCCAAAUGGAGAAAAGACAAGUCCCAUAAGUGUUAUACUAGUGAGCUCUGGCAGUAGAGGAAAUAAACUGCUCUUCCGAUACCCGUUUCAGAGGGUAUCUGAAAACACUUCAUCAGCAACGUCAAAACAGCGGAGUCCGUAUGUCUUGAAUACCUCAGGUGACUCUAUAGAGGACCAGGAUGGUGAUUCAAGGUUUUCUGAUGUUAUUCUCGCCACCAUCCUGGCCACCAAGUCUGAUAUGUGCGGCAAGAAGUUUGAGCUAAAAAUAGACAAUGUGCGCUUCGUCGGACAUCCAACCUUAUUACAGCCUCCACAUACAAUUCAGGUCUCCAAAACUGACCCCUCGCCCAAAAGAGAUCUGCCCACCAUGAUCCUGUUCAGUGUCGUUUUUGCAUUAAGGGCCAAUGCAGACGCCUCGGUCAUCAACUGCAUGCAUAACCUGUCCCGUCGCAUCGCCAUCGCCCUGCAGCACGAGGAGCGCAGGUGUCAGUACCUCACCAGAGAGGCCAAGCUCAUGCUGGCAGUGCAGGACGAGGUCACCACCAUGACCGAGACGGACAGCACUCCACAGUCGCCGUUUCGCCAAAUCCUUCCCAAGUGUAAAUUAGCAAGAGACCUAAAAGAGGCUUAUGACAGCCUCUGCACAACUGGAGUUGUCCGGCUUCACGUUAAUAACUGGCUUGAGGUCAGUUUCUGCCUGCCACACAAAAUCCACCAUGUGGGAGGGAAACACAUCCCACCAGAAGCUCUUGAGCGCAGCCUAAAGGCCAUUCGGCCGUAUCACGCACUGCUGCUGCUGGACAACGAGAAGGCCUUGCUAGCUCAGCUCCCUCUGGACUGCUCUCCUGCUCUAGUGCGGCUCAUCAAAACCUGCUCAGCCGUCAAGAACCUGCAGCAGCUGGCCCAGGACACUGACCUGGCUCUCCUGCAGGUCUUCCAGAUAGCUGCUCAUCUGGUAUACUGGGGUAAAGCUAUCAUUAUCUAUCCUCUCUGUGAGAACAACGUGUAUAUGCUGUCUCCCCACGCAAACAUCUGCAUCUACUCUCCUCUGGCUGAGCAGUUUGCCCUCCAAUUUCCCGGUCAUGACCUGCCCUCGAUGUUAGCAAAGUUCUCACUUCCGGUGUCUCUGUCUGAGUCCAGGAAUCCACUGGAUGCCCCUGUGCACGAGGCCCAGCUCAUUCAGAUGGUGGUCUGGAUGCUGCAGCACCGGCUGCUGUUUCAGCUCCACACGUAUGUUUGUCUGCUGGUCCCGCCCAUUGAGGAGGAGCCUGGUCUUCAGGAGGAGGAGCCACCCCUAGUCACACGUGUUACAGGCCGGAGUCUGAGCACACCCAGCGCCCUCAGUUUCGGCUCUCCCACAAGUAGCGAUGACAUGACCCUCACGAGUCCCAGUAUGGAUAACUCCAGCGCUGAGCUCCAGACGGGAGGAGACUCCCCUCUCAAUAAAAGAAUGACCGAAACGCUCCUGGCCAGCCUGACCGAACAUGAGCGGCAGACCAUCCUCCGUGUCCCAGCAGCGCAGAACCCAGAGGACCUGCGCUUGUUCGCCAGGCUGCUGCAUUAUUUCAGAGGCCAUCAUCACUUGGAAGAGAUCAUGUACAAUGAGAACAUGCGUCGCUCGCAGCUGAAAACUUUAUACGAUAAGUUUCGCAGUGUCUUAGUGAUAACCAACCACGAGGACCCCAUCAUCUCUCUGUUCCAGUGUCCACCAGACUAAACUUCAACUUACUGUGAGUCUGACGACGCUGUGACGUGAUUGCUCAUCAACAGUGGCUUAAAUAAGCGAAAUGCUGAGAUUCACAAGUGGAUUACGAAGUGAGACUCACAUAAUCUAUUGUGUAUGUAACUGUACUGACCAAAGAUUUUUAUGUUGUCAUGAUUUUACCUCAUAUGCUGUUUAUUUUAAUAAACAGUUCUGGGGUU